AUGACACAAAAGAGAAGCAACUUAGGAUCAUGUGUGAAUCAUAUAGAAUCCAUUUAAUUCCAAAUUAGGAAAGUAUUUGGUAGGUAAUGCAGCUAGUGGACCCCCACAUUCCAUGCUUUUUAAACACUACUCCAUCUCCUACAAUAAGGCAGUCCAAUUUUUUUUUUCUUAAAAAAAAAAAAAAAAAAAAAGGCGGUCCAAAUUUUUCUAUCGAUUUUUUUAAAAUAAUUUAAUUAAAAUUAAAAAAUAAAAUUUACAAGAUUUGCAGCAAAAUCAGGAGGGUGGAGCGAGGAUUUGGGCGACAUCUAAUGCGAAUAAAUGUUAUAUUUUCUUUAUUCUAUAUUUUUAUUUUCCUAUAAUUUCUGAUUAUAUUUUUAAUAUUUAGAUACUUUAAUUUUUCUUCUUUAGUUUCAUUUUUUUACUGUUUUUAAAAAUUGUUUUGUCUGAUUUUUGAGAGAUUUUCACAUAUUUUGGGAUUUCCUUAUUUUCUGGGUUCAUCAAGUUUACUCUAUUAUUUCUUCAAAAAAAAGUUUACUCUAUUAUUAUUUUAAUUUUUUUAAAAAAAAAAAAUUCUGGGUUUUAGCCGUUGAGAUUUAAAAUUUGAGAAUUUGAGAUAUGUAUCCAAGAAAGAAAAUCUUGUUGGUUCAUUUCAGAAUCUGGGUUUUCUUCAAAAGUAUUGUGUAAAAAAUCAAUUUAUUUUUUAUUUAUUUCUAAAAAAUAAAUAUGAAAAUUUUGUUGUUCAUUUCAGAAUCUGGGUUUUCUUCAAAAGUAUUGUGUAGAUUGAAUCAUAGUUUAGUUUGUAGUGAAUGAUCCACUUAAGAUCCUCUUACUAUUAUUAGUAAUUUCUUACUAUAUAAAAUAUUUUUUAUCUUAAUUUUUUUUGUUCAAGAAUCAAUCAUGGGUUUUGGAAUUAAUCAAAAAAAUUUAAAUUUAGUCAAUUUUCUGUACAUAUAUAUAGACAUGUAAUUAUUAUAUAGAUAUCGAAAUCGAGGAGGUGAUAGAUAGAAGAAGGAAUUAAGAAAUGAUUCAGGAAGAUCUACCACAAAGAGGGUUAGGAGUGGCUCAACUUGAGAAAAUUAGGAUGGAAGAACAACAAAAGAAAGAUGGCAACAAUUUUUCAUCUUCGUCCCAACUUUCUCCUACAUAUUCGCCGUCACAUCAUGGUAUUCCCUUACCCAAUUUCGCAAUUACUAAUAACCAAAACCCAUCUAAAUCUUGUGUCCCCCCUUAUAGUCCUCCAUCUCCUCCUCCAAUCCCAAUGAAUUUGUCGUCUCCAAAUCCGGUUUUUAGGGCUUGUUCAUUGCCCAAUACCGAGAAUUUUCACUUAGGUCCGGUCCCUUCUUUGAGUCCUACCAAUGAUGGGUUCCAAGUUGGAUGGCCUUCAAUCCCGGUCCAUGGAAAUGUUAAUUUUCCUAAGUUGUGGCAUGCAAACCCUCAUGAAAUUAGUCAUGAUCAUAUAGGGGAGAACGCGAUUUUUCCUCCGGGUUUGAGUUUACCUUUUGAGACUUGUAGUGUUGCUCCUUUGCCUGAUGUGCUACCAAGGAGUACACUACAACAUCAACCACCUUCUUCAUUGGUGAUUGGCUUGUCUUCAUCAUCUGUGCUCAAUUUUCCAAUGGAGCCCCCUUCAAACCAAAGCUUUUAUGCGAAUUACUCACCAUUGUGGCCCGAUGAGGAAAAGAUGAUGGUUGGUAUGAAGAGGUCAUGUCCUUUCCCUCUAGACAACCCUUCAAUACCGACAUUUCACAGCAAAUUCGCUCCUGUUGUCACUCAUCCCCUGAGCCGAUCAAAUGAAUCAACAUCAAAUGGAAAUGGAGGAACGACAACAUACAACUUGGAUUAUUCUAGCAAUCCAAUUUUCAGUAGAGACGACAUACUUCCAUGCCCCAUUACAAUUCCUGCUGAGCCAGCGAACACAAGGAAGAUCAAUAAAUCAGAAAAUGGCAAUUCUCAUAAAGGAGAAUUACUUAGCUUGGCACCUACAACACUUACUUCAUCUUUUCUUAAUUCGAGAUUAAAGCAAUUUUGCAAACUUGAUACUUUACCUUACCAAGUAAGUAUUGAAGACACAGUUAUGGAGUCAAGACAAGCCGGUUCGAACCAGCAGCCUAAUUUGUUGAGCUUCUUUCCCUCAACAAAGUUGCAAGCAACGACAUUGCCGUCGUCACCACCAGCUAGUCAUAGUAGUUGUAAUACUGAAGUAGGAGAAAGUAUUGAUCUAAACUUGAGGUUGUAACGAAUCUUUUUUUUUUUUUUUUCCUUAGUUCAUUUUAUUUUGUGUUGUCUUAAUUAGCAACAAAGACAUUUUAUUUUUCUUCUUAUUUCUUUUCUAUGCUCCUUUGUCAUUCAUCACUAGAUAAUGUAUGGAUUUGCAUAUGUAUGAGAUGAAGAGAGUGUAAAUUUCAAGA